ACCAGUGCUGCCUUGGGACUCCAGUCGCUGCACUGAACUGGGCUAACCCAGGAUUUGCUCACUGGCACCGGGAGGUUACAUUUACACGAAGCAGAGGAGGUGAGGAAGAGGGAAACCGAGAAACCGAGAGCAAAAGAUAAGGGAAGGAGGCGAAGACACUCAGUAGGAAACGGGGCAGGACGAGCUACUGGCGUGUGGACUUCAACAAAGAGGUUGCCAGCCAUGGGGAACCUCAUUAAGGUCCUUGGCAAGGAUUUAGAGAACUGUCCACAUUUUUUCCUGGACUUUGAAAAUGCCCAGCCCACGGAGGCAGAGACAGCGGUAUGGAACCAGGUCAGCGCUGUGCUGGAGGAGGCUCAUGGGAUACUGGCAGAGCUACAGUCCUAUAAUGGCGCUGGCCAGGAGAUACGAGAAGCCAUCCAGAACCCAGGUGACCUAGCCCUUCAAGAAAAAGCUUGGAAUGCAGUCUGCCCCCUGGUGGCCAAGCUGAAACGCUUCUACGAGUUCUCCCUCCGACUGGAGAAUGCCCUGCGCAGCCUUUUGGAGGCUCUGACGAGCCCGCCAUAUGCGCCCAUGCAGCACCUGGAGAGGGAGCAGGCCCUGGCCAAACAGUUUGCCGAGAUCCUUCAUUUUACACUCAGCUUCGAUGAACUAAAGAUGACGAAUCCUGCCAUCCAGAAUGAUUUCAGCUAUUACAGGAGGACCAUAAGUAGGAAUAGGUUGAACAACCAGCAGCUGGAAGCCGAAAACGAGGUAAACAAUGAGAUGGCCAACCGGAUGUCUCUGUUCUACGCUGAGGCGACUCCAAUGCUGAAGACUCUGAGUAACGCCACCACCAAGUUCGUCUCAGAGAAUAAGACCUUGCCCAUAGAAGACACCACAGACUGUCUGAGCACCAUGGCAUGUGUUUGCCGUGUCAUGCUGGAGACCCCGGAGUAUCGUUGUCGGUUCACAAACACAGACACCAUGCUGUUCUGUAUGAGGGUGAUGGUGGGAGUCAUUAUCCUGUACGACCACGUCCACCCUGUGGGGGCUUUCGCCAAAACCUCCAAAAUUGACAUGAAGGGCUGCAUUAAGGUGCUGAAAGAGCAACCAUCCAACAGUGUGGAGGGCCUCCUCAAUGCACUGAGGUAUACGACACGGCAUCUAAAUGAUGACAGCACCUCUAAACAAAUCAGGGCCCUCCUGCAAUGAGAGAGAGUGAGAGAGAGAGAGAGAGCGGCGGGGAGAAGGAAGGAAAGAAGAAAAAAGGAGCGCACCCGAUGGAGGAGGAAGAGGAGUAGGAAAGGAGGGAACAAACGCCAGUGGCUGAUAACCUGUUUACAGCGCACGGAAAAGCGAAAUGAUCUCCAGGUUACGAAAAAAAAAAAACCUGAUAAUAAGAAGAGGAAAAAUAAUUAUAUUUAUUGUCAGCUGUCCAUCAUUUUGUCUCUCAUUUUGUAAAUUAAAAAAAUAAAAUAAAAAAAGCCAGAAAAUAAAAUAGAUAUAUAUGAAAAGUCGAAAACAAACACCAGAUGAAAAUAGGUAGGACUAACGAAUAGAAGGAAGCUAUAUUGCAAAGUAUAAGAUCAAAAUUGAAGAGAAACAUGAACUGAAAAUGUAUUAAAAAAAAGAGGCUCUUAAAUAUUCCAACGGUAGUUUGACAAGCAUUUUUUUGCACAACACUCUGAAAAAUGACGCCAACUCUCCAUUUAGUAAUCGUUAAUAAGGAUUCGACAAAAACCUGAUCCCAAA